AUGUCCAACGCGAAAUUCAGCAUCCAAAAACUCUUCGACGUCGAGGAUUGGGUCGCCGUCGUCUCCGGUGGCGGCACCGGCAUCGGCCUCAUGAUCGCCCAAGCCUUCGCCAACAACGGCGCACGCGUCUACAUCCUCGGCCGGCGCGAAGACGUGCUGAAACAAACCGCAGAAACGCACGGGAAGGACCUCGUACACAAGUCCGGGAAGAUCAUACCACUCGUGUGCGAUAUCACGGAUAAGAAGAGUCUGGAGAGGAUGGCGGAGGAGAUUGGGAGGAAGGAGAAGAGGGUGGACGUUCUUGUGAAUAAUUCGGGGAUUAGUCAGGGGUCGAGCAGUGUGGAGAUUGGGGACGAGAGCGCGGGGAAGUUGAGGGAUGAGCUUUGGAGUGAGAAGUUUGAGGAGUGGGAGGAUGUGUAUAGGACGAAUGUUAUUGGUCACUUCUUCACCACCGUCGCCCUCAUCCCUCUCCUGUCUGCUGCUUAUAAGCCCGGCCACUCUGCCGCGGUCAUCAACAUCACAUCCAUGAGCGGUAUCACUCGCACAUCGCAGCAUCAUUUCAAGUACAACGUCUCCAAGGGAGCCGCUAUCCAUCUCUCCACCCUCCUCGCUCAGGAGUUGCGUCGUCCCGGUGUGAACGUCCGCGUCAACAACAUCGCACCCGGUAUCUUCCCGUCUGAGAUGACUACUGACGAGUCGGAUGAGUACAACAAGUCGAACAUCGACAAGGCAGGAUGGGCGAAGGAGAAGGGCGUUCCUGCAGGUCGUGCCGGUUCAGACGAAGAUAUGGCGCAGGCUGCGUUGAUGCUUGCCGUCAAUCAGUACGCCUAUGGCCAGACUGUCGCCAUUGAGGGCGGAUACCUCCUCGAACACCCUUGA